ACUAUAAACAAAUAUUCCAGUUUCGUGUGAAAUUUGAGUUGUCAUAAAUUUAAAUUAAUUAGGUGUUGAAACAGUGCGUGGUUAUUUUUUCAUCUCUCAUAAUAUGAUAAUUCCUACUAUUAUUUUGAAACUGAAGCGUUUUAGCUCAGAUUUUUGAGUAUUAUGAGUUUUGAUUUGUAGUUGAAUGACUUUUUGCUUAACCCAGCUGCUAUUGGAAUUCGUUUUCAACCCCUAGACAAUUGAAAUAUGAGAGGCCAUUUCCGGUAUUCCGUUUGGGAUCCAUUUUUAAUAAUAAGUCAAAUUCUUACAAUCCAAGCCAUUUUUUAUGUGUCUUUGGGUGCUUUGAUUUUUAUAACUGAUAUUAUUUCGGGUUACAGUCAAUCAUUAGAUCAAAUUUUUUUACAUAAGGCAGUAAGUGUCAAAGACCUGCAUGGGCGUUGCUUAGCUGGGUCAUUUAUUCUGAAUUCUUUAUGUGGUUCUGUGGCAUUGUGGUACUUCGUGCAAAGGACAAAACUCUGCUUGGACUUCACGGCAACAGCUCAUCUUAUUCAUCUGAUUUUGUGCUGGUGGUAUAGUGCAUCCUUCCCUUCCACAUUUUCAUGGUGGCUAUUAAACAUCAUCUGUGUCACUAUUAUGUGUGUUUGUGGAGAGUUUUUAUGCAUGAGGACUGAAAUGAAAGCCAUCCCUCUUAGCUUGGGUGCCAAAGCUGACUUGUAAUUUAUUGUUUUAACUUCUCAAAUCUAUUUUUAGUCAGUGACAUACAGCAUUAAAGGAAGGUUUAAUGUGUAUGAUUCACAUUAGAUACUUAAACUGUUUAAAAAGAAUUGUACAGUAUAUUUUUCAUCUUCAUUUAAUACAAAUUGUAGAGGUUAAAGUAAAAAUGUAUAUAAAAUAUUUUGCUAAUUGCCAAAUAA